CUGUAGUUGUCCUGAGCUCUGUGCCUGCAGAAUGACGCGUCGGGUCCCUCUCGCCCUCCUGCUCCUCCUGGGCCUGUGUGUCCAACAUGCUGUCGGUCAAGAGGCCCCAACAGCAGCACCACCUGGCCAGGCCUCUGAUGGCUCCCAAGCAGAGGAGGACACAGGGGACUGGGGGCUGGGCUCCCUCAGGGGCAGCUUCGAGGCAGCCAACAGCUACUUUGACUCCGUGCUGGAGCUAAUGGGAGGCCGUGACGGAGUGUGUCAGUACCGCUGCCGAUAUGGUAAAGCUCCCAUUGCACGUCCAGAGUACCAGAUGCCAGAGCCUGAUGGGUGCAGCUCCUAUUUCUUUGGCCUUCCUACUCCAAGUGCGAUGGAUAUGGGCAUCCCUGCCAUGACAAAGUGCUGCAAUCAGCUGGAUAUGUGUUACGACACCUGCGGCUCCAACAAGUACCGCUGUGACUCCAAGUUCCGCUGGUGCCUCCACAGCAUCUGCUCCGACCUCAAGAAGAGCCUCGGCUUCGUGUCGAAAGUUGAGGCCUGUGAAACAGUGGCAGACACCUUGUUCAACACAGUGUGGACUCUGGGCUGCAGGCCCUACAUGAACAGCCAGCGAGCGGCCUGCUUUUGUGAAGGAGAGGAGAAAGAUGAACUUUAGGGAGCACACCGCCCUCUGAUCUGUGAAGGAAUACAAGUUGGAGCUCACAUCAGUUGUGCUGCUGUGGAUUAGGGUGUUACAAGAGACUGCUGGGGAACGAUUUGUGUAAUCUCUCCACGCUCUUGCUCCUGUUUUUGUUUUGUUUGUUUUGUUUGUUGUGUGGUCUCUUGCAAACAAGGUUGCAUCAUUCUUAUUUGAGGUGUGGUAUUGCAUUCCUAAACUGUAUUUGUUCAUUUCACUGUGUCGUAUGAA